CAGAACAGCAACAACGGGCAAGAUGACCAGUCUUUCUGCAAAGGACAAGAACACAGUCAAAGCCUUCUGGGCUAAAGUGGCUGGCAAGGAGGAACAAAUCGGCUGUGAUGCUGUCUCCAGGAUGCUGACAGUGUACCCUCAGACCAAGACUUACUUCUCCCACUGGAAGGACCUGAGCCCCGGCUCUGCCCCGGUGAAGAAGCACGGAGCAGCCGUGAUGGCUGCAGUUACUGAUGCUGUCAGCAAAAUCGACGAUCUGACCGGAGCUCUUCUGAGCCUCAGUGAGCUGCACGCCUUCACUCUGAGAGUGGACCCUGCUAACUUCAAGGUUCUGUCUCACAACCUCCUCGUGGUCCUGUCUACCAUGUUCCCCGACGACUUCACCCCUGAGGUCCAUGUGGCUAUGGACAAGUUCCUGGCUGCUGUGGCUCUCGCCCUGUCUGAGAAAUACAGAUAAACUGCACACAGGAGCAGAGGACUGCAUUAUGUGCUUUCAUACUUACUACGACUCUGACUUUUAAUAAAACAUUGAAUGCAAUCAAAGUCUCAUGGUCAUUAGUGUGUCAUUAAAUAAGUUAUAUCGUUUUGACAUUUUUUAAUAAUGCAAAUAUUAUUGAAGUUUAACUUUAAAUUUUAAGGCAAUUUUCAUUGUAUAUGAGGGUAUUGUAUUGCUAUUGUAAUCUUAGAAAUAUGGUGUGUAAUCAGAUAUUUACUCUGAAUGGCAUUUCCUUGGCCUCCAGUAACACUGAGGAGUCUUGGAGUUGUUUUGACCUGAAUAUUUCCUUCAAUGGGCAUAUUAAACAAAUAUAUAGGACUGCUUUCUUCUAUUUGCAGAAUAUCACUAAAAUUAGAAACAUCCUGUCUCAAAGUGAUACUGAAAGAGUAGUUCAUGCAUUUAUUACUUCUAGGCAGGACUACUUUAAUUCAUUAUAACCAGGAUGUCUUAAAAACUACCUGAAAAGCCUUCAGUUGAUCCACUGCAGCGGGAGUACUGGCAGGGUCUAGAAAGAGAGAGCAUUUUUCACCCAUACGGGCUUCUCUUCAUUGGCUCCCUGUUAAAUCCAAAAUGGAAUUUAAAACCUUUUGCAUUACAUACAAGGUAUAAUCAGGCCCCAUCUUAACUCAAAGACCACACAGUACAAUAGAGAAUUUCACUCUCAGACUGUUGGGUUACUUGUGGUUCAGAGCAUUGAAAACAGAUUGGGAGCCUUCAGUUUUCAGGCCGCUCUUAUAGGAAACAGCUCCUAGUUUGGGGGAAAAAAAUGAAUUGGAAAUAAAUUUGCAUCCGAACUCUAUGCGUUUUGUGGUUUGCACAUUUGAGUGUAUCCUGUCAGGUUGUGCAGUUUGGUCUUGAUAAGAAGCAUGAUUAAGAAAACAUGUACAUCCACAUCUUUAGGAGAACUUUUAACUCAGUAUGUAGUCAUAACGUGUGGUUUUUUUGUUUGUUUGUAUGUUUUUUUAAGGACUAUCACGUCAGCCACAAGUUGCAUAUAAACCUGACUAUCCUGGCAGGUUGGGCAACCUGUCAAAAUGCCACUUCUGUCAUUAACACGAAUAUAGUAACACUCAUUACCAUGUCACGCCACCUCACCUCACAUCUUAACUCUCAAGUCUAACCCUUAAGUUUAUAUUACACUAAGUGUGCCACAUAACAACAGACUGCUGGCAACAAAGAACCAUAUAGUCAGCUUUUAAUAAAGUCUACUAUAGGUAACCUACCAACAGCGCCAAAAUCGCGCGUGUUUUACGCAUGUGUCUCUCUCCGGAAACAGCUUGACACCUAAGAUCAGCGAGAGGCAGCUUAAGGAGAACCGAUACGUUUGAGAUAUAAGGGCGCGUGUUUUACGCAUGUCCCCUCCUUUAAAAAUCGUUGGGGACUGUGUGUGGAUAAAUGCAGGUGUGUGACCUUUGAUAAAACCGAUAGCUUAGCAGGGGCGCAUUUAUAAAGGGCUUCUCUUAUUGCAAACUAUCCCAUCGUAUAAACCGGAAAUAUGUGUGAAACAGUUCACAUACACAUCACACAUGCAGAAACAUUAUUUACUUAUUAUUUAUUUUACUGAUUUCAGCUUAGUUCUGCUUUGUUUAAUCACACUUUCAGCAUUAUUGAGGAUACGAAAUAUGAGCGGCUUUGCUAAAUACUUGGGGUGAGAACUCAUAAUAACUGAUAAUCCACUAAAUGGAGAAAAAUUGCUGGUUCCCAUUGAAUUCGAGUGUUUUUAGUGUCUUUGUCAUAUGUUUAUAAAACCAAGCAUCUAGCCAUUCAGUUUGCCUCUACAAAUAUUUGUGAAAGAAUCGGUUGUACGACAGUUUGUGAAAUGUCGUACCUUCUACAUAUUCCUCGAUUAGCUGUAAGCGUUAAUAUGGCAAAGUAGUGUUUAGGAAUCACUUUGUGGCAGAGCAGGUAAAGUUACAGAGCAGGGUGGCCGAGUACUGGGGCGCACAGUGCGUAAAAGUCAUCAACGUUCUGGUGACUUGGUAACUGCAGAGCUCCAUAUCUCCUCCUUUUUAUCAUUAGCAACCAAACGAAAUUAAACAGAGAUAAUGUGAGGCUUCAGAUCUUAUUAAUAAUUUGAAAUGGUGCAUAUGAUGGUCACUGUAAUGACAUCCCAUCAUCUAAAAUCAGUCUUUCCUUAAAUGCAUCUUCCAUUACUCUGUGAUUUUCUUUCCACAACUGUACUUCUUGUUUCAUAUUUUAAUAGCAUGUUAUUAUUUUAUUACAGCCCCUUUUCCCACUGCUGUAAUUUUUAAGAUUCUGAGUAAAUAAUUCGAAUUUUUACUAAAGCCAGUGGGAUAUUUGCAGACUGUGUUUUAACUCUUUUGGAAACUCAAUUAAAGCCAACACAGUUAUCCAUCUGUAUUUUAGUUCCUGAGUUGUCCCAUUUAUCCUUAUUACUGUAGCCAUAAUUGAUUUCAUGUUACAUCAGUCAUCUGGAUCAAUUAUAAUUAAAUAAGCAGUUACUUGUUUUUGGAUGUUUGCAACAAGAGCCAAAUCAAGCCACAUAAUUCAUUUUGUUUCUCUCUGGUGUAAGAUCAUAAUUUUUUAUUAUUAUGAUCAGAUUAGGUUUUGUCACAUACUACUCUGAGCAAAGAAUCAUGACUGGACUUUCUGAGAGUGAGUUAUUUUUAGAAGAAAAUAACAAGUGAGCAAGAUCUUUAUUUAAUCGACUGAAACACUUAAAUGCUACUCGUCUCAAACAUUGUUCAUAACAUCAAUCUCAUAGGUGUUUUCUACAGUCAUUGGUGUGGACUAAAGGAAUUGCAUAGAGUUAUGCUUAUGCUCUUAGAAACCAUGGCCUGUGCUUAUAUGGAUGAAGGCUGCAUAAAAGUUAUGUUUCACUCCUAGGUCUGAAGAAGCCUUACUGACAGUAAUUUGACUAGCUAUGCUCCGUAGAGCCACUGAAAUAGACCCAACGUAAGAUGUUGCCCAUUUUAAUAACUCUUCUGCUUAAGUAAGCAUCUUAAACAUAUUUUCAUAAACCUGUUUCAUCACAGUGUAGCUGUGCUUUAGCCAAUUUCUGCCGUUAUACCUUAAAGCAAAAAUAAGAGCCUGCUUUGAGAUCCCUUUACUCAAUCCCUUGAAUAUGCACGGGCACAAUGUAACAUCAAAGUUUGGAUGAUUCAGAUCUUGAAUUGUGGGGCUCUUUAAAGGCCCAAAAUUUAAAUAUAGAAUCUGCAGCUCAUUAGCCCAUAUUGGGCUAUACUGUCACAGAGAAUUUUUAACAUUACUGUACACAUUACUGUGCGUGUUUUUUCUGCCCAAGUCAGAAUCAACCGUUGAGUAUACUGCCAUAUUAUUAAUGUUAUGUACACUUGAUGUUGGACUAUUCCAAGAAGAAUACCAAGAUACUAAAAAUACAUCCCAGUACUGAAUGCAAAUUAUCAUAUUUUUAGACUAUCAAAAAGUCUUUCUUUAGCUUGUUUUUUUUUAUUGCCUUAUUUUUUCAGAGCACUCAUAACUUCAUCAAAAGUUUAGAGCUGAAAAACACAAUUAAACUGCAUUUAAAAAAAACAUCCAAGAAAACAAGAGACCCGAGCCAGAAACACAGUUGUUUGUGUUAAGACUCCCUCUAGUGGAGCUUGUGGGGUCCUAUAUACAAACUGUUUUUACCUUGUUUUUACAUCACUGAGUGGAACUUACAAGACAACAAAACAUGUGGUCCACAUUUAUUUAUUUACUUAUUAUUUUCCAAAAUGCACAAUUUAGAAGAAGAGACACACAAUCUAGCAUUUUUCAUAAAACCAUCAUAAAACAUUAACUACAGAGCUGUGUGAUUACAUAACGCAGGCGUGAGCUUAAAAACUCCAAAUGUAUAAAAGAUAGAUACUUAAAAAAAUUGAAAGUUUAUAAAAAAUUUGCUUAAAAGUGAAUAUGAAAAUUGGUAAAACAUCUUUAAAAAGUAAUAGAAAUUUUGACAUCAAUAGCCUAUGCACUUUAGUUCAAGGAGUUUGAUUUCAGGCAUAAUUAUUACCAGUUUACACUGACAUAUAUUAUUUUAAUAUUCCUAUCUUACAUGGCACGCCCUUUUAAGACCAAAAUCACUUACUUUCUGGUUCCCUGACAAAUCUCACUGGCUUCACCAGCGCUCUCUCAACAAAGUCUUGUUAAAUUUUACGAGCACACAUCACAAACACAGAUACCCUCUAAUCAACCAUCCGAAAAA